AAAAAAUAAAUAUAAACAUUUCCGCGCUGACUGUUAUGGUUGUGUCGGUGGCCCACUUCCAGAGUUCUUAUCGGGGAAUCGACUAUGAAGUAUGAUUGAGGCUGCCUUGCCACCGAUUCCCGGCUCGCGACUCCCAAUAUGAUUCGAUCCUGUUGGUGAUGGCAUAGAGCAGUCGGUUUGAAAAAAGGACACUGAUCGGGGGGAAUGGAUCAUGCCCAUGGAUAUGCAUAAGAACGUCUCUGUUCAAGUCGAUAGUGAUUUUGCCUUACUGCUACCCAGUGGAGUUUAUGAAAUCAAGAAAAUGGAACCCCGCUCCAAAAUACGAACAAUCAUUGUGUUUUGCCUCUUUCUGGCCAUUGCCGGCAUCAUCGGAUUCGGAUACUUUUGCCAAGAUCAGGUAUGCGCUUUAUCCAAACGCGCCGUGAUACUCCAGUCCUCGGAUAUGCUCGCAUAUAAUGAGCUGCCACUCCACCAGGCCAACGGCAUUAAUGGCAACAGCAACGGCAACAGUGUGGGUGGCAUCACGGCCAUGGCCUCGAAGGCCUCUGCCCCCCAGAAUAUUAUUGCCAACGCCGGACUGAGCUACGAGGAUGUCCUGAACGAUGACUUCCAGUUCGAUAUGGACGGCCACGACGUAAUGGUAUUCCUGCACAUUCAGAAGACAGGAGGCACCUCAUUUGGUCGCCAUCUGGUCAGGGAUCUCGACCUGAAGCGGCCCUGCGAGUGCCAAAGGCAAAGGAAACGCUGCUACUGCUUCCGGCCGCACCGGAACGAGAACUGGCUCUUCUCCCGCUACUCGACAGGCUGGAAGUGCGGCCUACACGCCGACUGGACCGAGCUGACCAGCUGCGUCGACGUGGAGCUGGACAAGAACGAGGGCGAGACGGCAAAGCGGCGAUACUUCUACAUUUCGCUGCUCCGGGAACCCAUCUCCCGCUACAUGUCCGAGUACCGGCACGUGCGGCGUGGCGCCACCUGGAAAGGCUCCCGCCACUGGUGCUUGGGACGACAGGCCACCGCCGCCGAGCUGCCGCCCUGCUACAAAGGCAAGGACUGGCUGGACGUGGAUCUGGAUCAGUUUGCCGGCUGUGAAUCGAACCUGGCAGCCAAUCGGCAGACCCGCAUGCUGGCGGACCUGGCCCUCGUCGGGUGCUACAACAAGUCCUCGAUGCCCGCCCACGAGCGGGACCGCGUAAUGCUGGCCAGCGCCAAGCGCAACCUGGCCGCCAUGGCCUACUUUGGACUGACUGAGUAUCAAAAGAUGUCGCAGUACAUAUUUGAGGAGACCUUUAACCUGCGAUUCGCCAUUCCCUUCGAGCAGCACAACGCCACAAUAUCGGCGGCUGCCGUCCAGAACUUGCGACCCGAUCAACGGCGCCGCAUCGAAAAGCUCAAUAGUCUGGACAUCGAGCUGUAUGCCUUCGCCAAGACUUUGCUUUUUCAGCGUUUUGAACAUCUGAAGGCGAAGGAUGCGAACUUUGAGCAGCGGUACGCCAAUCUGGGCAACAUCUUCUACAAGCAGGGCGUCACGGAAUUCAACUGGGACAGCAAUGUGGAUGAUGGGCUCAGCACGGAUCAUUGAACUCGAAACCAAAUAUUAACAUUUAGAGACUAGAUUUAGAACACACCAACUCAUAAUUAUUUAGCUGGGCAGGGCAUUUUAGGGGCGGUCACCGAGGUUAUUUCUAAAACCGCAAAAACAACAGCAUAAAAAUCAACCGAAGGACUUUAAACUAGUGUCUAAGCAUAAAGUUAAUGUAAGCAGAUAAAAAACAAAUAGCGGACUUGGCUUGUUUCGUUAAUGAGUAAUAAACAAAAGCUAAGGCAAAUCUCUGAGCGCUAAUUAUAUCGAAACUAUGUAUGUACAUCCUAAGCACAACUCUGAAAUCUAUCCUACUUGUACUCCUCAAUGAUAAGUCGCACCCCAGAAAAUCAUUGGAUGAAUUGUAAAUACUUUCGCAUAAUAUUUUAUAAGCACGUAUGUAAACUCAAUUUCAAUCUGUUGUGAGAGGUGCGAGCAAACUCGAAUCACAUUUUAUCAUCACUUUAAUGAAACCUCACACGCUAUACAUUAUAAUAAAUAAUUAAUUUUAAAGUGUAGCAAUAUUUUAGAGUAUUUAAAUUUUGUUUUAUUGUUACGUCAAGUCUCUGCAAAGCCAAAUCCCCACAAUUAGUCUAAGUGCAUAGUGCUUGGAAAAUGUUUUCGAUCCAACAUCGCAUUUAUUUUAUUUUACAAAAUAGACACCACUGUAAAUACGGCAGAAUAGCCCCAAACCUAAUUUAGAUGUGAGCAUUGAAAUUAACAUAAUUGGUAUGAUUUAACAAAUAAUGUUUUAGCCCGUCAAUGCGGGCUUACCGAGAGUUAGAGAGUUGUUAACAAACAUAAUUGUUUCAGACAAUAAUUAAUUGGAGAUUGAAACCAAACGAAAAUCGAUAAAAUGAAUGCAAAAUUUGAUCAAACAAAGCCAACGAAAAAUAUACAAAAAUACCUAAAACAUUAAAAAGCAUAACCAAGUUGCCCUAAAAACAAAUGAUGUAAAAUAUUUCCAUCUAUAAGAAAUAAGCAUUUGCCAUUUUAUAUACACAGAAGCCAUAACUGAAUUAUGGAAUUGCAAAAAUAUCAAGCAUGCUCACCAGCAAUUCGUAUUUUGUUCGUUUGUAUAAGUUUUGAAAACAAACAUUUUUGUAGCAAAGACACUCGCUAUGAGAGUAAUAUGAAAAAGAAAGCAAAACAAAAAUCAAAGCAGGUCAAAGUGAAUAAAACAAAUGAACUAUUCAAUA